ACCAUCAACCCCAAAAAAUCAACCAAGAUGUCCACCAAACCUGAAGCCGAGAAAAAAAAACAGUGUUGGCUUGGGAUUGAGGAUAGUGAGGAGGAAGGAACUGGAGGUGGCUCUGAACAGGAAGAAGAGGAGAGCAGACUGAAGGGACUUGAACGGCGCUCUUCAAAGCGACGCAAGGUGGACUAUGCUUCUUCAGCCAGUGAAGAUGACGACGGCGGAACCGAUGGAGACAACCGCGACGCAGAUGAAGAGGGUGAAGAGGAGGUUGACGAAGAACAGGAGGGUAUUCGAGAAAAAGGCAAAAAGAAAAGCAGAAACACCGACAAACACGACGAUCUACUGAUUACAAGUUCAUCGAGACUAAAACCGCUAUCGAAGGAAGAGCUAGCAGCUUCUAAAGAAGCCACUGCAAAAACCGGAGUCGUUUACCUUUCGAGGGUGCCUGUAUGUUCUGCUUCACCACAUUCAAUUCGGUGCGGUUGUACUAAUAACCUCAACCCGUUUAGCCUUUCAUGAAGCCUAUGAAGGUGAAAUCGCUACUUUCUCGUUUCGGCGAGGUCGGUCGUAUUUUCCUAUCACCAGAAGACCCGAAGGCCUACGCUCGACGAGUUCGUUUUGGCGGAAAUAAGAAACGGAAUUUUGAAGAAGGGUGGGUUGAGUUCAAGAGCAAGAAGAUCGCCAAAUUAGUCGCUGAAACCUUGAAUACAACUACCAUUGGUGGGAAACGAUCCGCUCCCUCUGUCACCUGUGUGUUGCUCUUCGCGGUAACUGUACACUAAUCUUUCGGUGAUGGCAUAGGUGGAAAGAAGGGGAGCUAUUACCACGAUGAUGUAUGGAACAUCAAGUACCUUCCAAAGUUCAAAUGGCAUCAUUUGCAAGCUCAAAUUGGUAUGCUUCUUCGCCAGGCCUUAUGGUGGCUGUCCUGAACCUUUGACUAACCCGUAACUUCACUAAAGCCUAUGAAAAUGCCUCACGACAAGCCAAACUACGCGCCGAGAUCGCUCAGGCUACUCGUGAGAACAAGACAUAUAUCCGCAAUGUCGAGAGAGCUAAAAUGGUUGAGAAAAUGGAAUCUUCUAGGAAGCGCAAAUUCAAAGAGCUUGCAGAAGCUAGUGGUGAUAAAGAUUCCAAGCAACCGGAGCCAUUGGAAAUUAGGCGACAAUUCAGGCAGCGCAGUGCCAAGGGAAAGAAGGCAGAGGAGGGCGAAGGUAAAGAGAGUAGUGAAAAGGUCAAGAGGCUGCUCAACAAGGUAUUCUGAGUUAUGUCCCUUGCCCUUAGCCUAAGUGUGAGACUUUAUGGACUUUAUGUAACUAAUCAAAGUAAAUUCUUAUUCUAAUGGAAUUCCUGAUGUACAUUCUUCCCAUGCACAUAGCCCCUCCGGCGACUUCGAUAGUUUACAAACUGCAACAAAUCCGGCUCUUUUGCUCAUUAG